AUGGGUGAAAAGGUAUCGCGAUUAGAAAGAGUUUUAUUGUUAGAAAAUGCACGGAUAAAUCUAGCCGAUUUGAGACUCUGCUGUAGUUUUGGUGUUCCUGACUCCUUAAGACCCUUGUGUUGGCGCCUGCUUCUUGGAUAUUUACCAGUAGAACGACAACAGUGGCCCAUUCACCUGCGAAAACAACGUGAAUUUUACAACGUUCUUGUGGAAGAUGUAAUCGUGAAUCCUGGCGUAUCGUUUGUGGAAGGAAAUCAGCAGUCUACCGACGAUCACCCAUUAAGUCUAAAUCCAAGUAGUCAGUGGAAUAAUUAUUUCAAAGAUAAUGAAGUAUUGGCUCAGAUAGACAAAGAUGUUCGUCGGCUUUGCCCAGAAAUUGACUUUUUCCAGCGCAUUACUCCAUAUCCUCAUCGGUUGGCAGCAGAAAUAAAUUUGUCACGUCGUAUACAUCAUGUGAGCCUCCUUUCUGAAGUUCCUUCAAGCAAUCAUUUUACCACUGCUAAUUUUAUCGCUUGGCCGACCAAAACAGCUAAAAAAGAGUAUUCAAAUGUUGUAGAUGAUAACGUUGAGUAUCACUGGCAAGUGGUUGAAAGAGUGCUGUUUAUAUACAGUAAACUCAAUCCAGGAGUCAAGUAUGUGCAGGGAAUGAACGAAAUUGUGGGCCCAUUGUAUUAUGUGUUUGCUAGUCAUGCGGAUAGUGAAUGGGCGGAGUUUGCAGAGCCUGAUACGUAUUAUUGUUUUCAAAUAUUGAUGAGUGAAAUCAAGGACAAUUUUAUCAAAACUCUUGAUAGUUCCAAUUGCGGUAUCGUUGUUCUUCUUAAAGAAUCGCUACUGGCUGAAUUUAACAAAAAAUUACGACAUUGCGAUAAUGAAGUUUAUCAACAUUUGAUCGAUGUGGGUAUCCAGCCUCAAUUUUAUGCUUUUCGUUGGCUUUCCUUGCUUUUAUCCCAAGAAUUUUCUCUGCCAGAUGUAAUGAACAUAUGGGAUUCUUUGUUUGCUUCACCUGACCGUUUGCAAUUUCUUCAUUGGAUAUGCUUAGCAAUGAUGGAGAAAAUUCGUGACCAGCUACUUGAAGGAGAUUUUACAGCCUGUCUUAAAAUGCUACAGAAUUAUCGGGAAACUGAUGUUGGUGAAUUGAUUGCGGUCGCCCAUCAAAUGAAUAAUGGUUGUUAUUGUGAAGAAAACUGUAGAAACAGCACGAAUAAAAAUAACACUGCUUUUAAAUCAGACGUGAAUUCUUCCAUCAAAUUAGCGAACGCUUUAACCAAUGUUUUGAAAACAUUGUCUAAAAAGUAG